AUGGACGCAGGAGAAAAGUAACUUGAAAUGUUCAGAUUAGAGAACACUGCACACUCAUGUAUUACACCAGAUCCCGAUCAAUAUCCAACCACUGAUAAAUUCACCUGUAAUAGUAAAAAGAAAAAUAAUUACUCCUCCAUCAAUUAUGAAAGGAAACAAUUCACAGCAAAGCGAACAGAAAUGAAUAUUUUAGAAAUAAUCUGUGAUACAUUUUCAAUUCGUGGUGUUGCCCGUAUGCGUCGGGGACCACCAUUCCUCCGUGGCUUAUGGUUUUGUUUUGUUCUCAUCAUGACAGUUGGUCUCUGUUUGACCACUUAUCUACUUGUACAAGAUUACCUAGUUUAUGAUGUCUCAGUGAAUAUACAUGUCGCGUUGGACACGAAAUCCCCGUUUCCCGCAUUGACAAUCUGUCAUCACCAUCCCUUUUCGCAGAAUGCCUAUCAUCUUUGGCGUAAUGGUGCUGUGAUGUCACCAAAUGUAUUCAACCGGUAUAUGCGCAAUUUAACGCAUCAAUUCUUAUUGGAGAAUGAUGUAGACAGUGCUGAGACAUUGUAUCAAUACGAUAGUGUAUCGAUUUAUUAUCAGAAUAUCAAAGUAAUCGAUGCUUAUCGAUUGGGGCAUGAUACCACAGCGUUUUUGAAUUGUAUGCGUCGAGUGAAUCAGACAAUGCAAAUUGAAGAUAAUUGUAUGCAUAUGGAUGGAUUUCAAAUUAGAAAGUUUAGUCAUCACACAUAUUUCAAUUGUCACACUUUUGAACCCAGGACGAAAUUCGAAGCUGAUGAUACCGACACGAUAGCACUGAUUGUCAGCUUAGGCGGUGGCGAUUCAAACGAUGUUAACCAGAACCAAGAAGAGGAAGCGUUCCUUGUGGAUUUAUUUGAAAUGGCACGUGGGCUACGUGUUGUUGUACACGAGCCGGGCACCUAUCCAGACUUGGAACGUGAAGGCUUACAUGUUGAACCAGGGAAGUUGAAUGAAAUCAAUUAUCAACCUGUUCUAUGGAAACGUCUUGAUACACCACAGAAUCCAUGUCGUGAAGAAUACAUUGAUCGUGAUCCCCAACUGGCUCGUAUCACUGAUCACACAUUAUCGGAAUCCUCGAAUUCUGACUUCGCCUAUGCCUAUCAUGAUCUAAAUGUAUCAUAUAGGUAUACUCAAUCCCAGUGUAUUCUAUUCCACCAACAAGAGGAUAUCAUUAAGGAAUGCGGUUGUCAGUAUAUCUACAAUCCACGACCCCAGUAUCCUUCAGGCAAUCUCCCCUAUUGUGGAUCUAUACUGGAAGGUGAUGUGAAUGUGAUGGAGCUGGCUAAACGGAUCCACUGUCUAACAAGUGGACCGUUGAAUGUGACUAUUCGACGACAGUAUGAAUCAACUCUGUGCCAUCCAAGAUGUCAGUAUUAUACAUAUGAAAGUACCAUUUCAGUGACAACAUGGAGAGCAGUCGACUGGCAGUUACACUGGCUACGUCAGUUGAAUCGUGCAUUCAAAUCAAUGCAAAAUGAUGUGAAAAUUAAUGGAGAAUAUUGGAAUAUUACUAAUAGUAGUGGAUUUCACAGAUGGAAAGAAUAUUAUGAGAAGCGGAAUUUAACAAAUAUUUCAUCAAAUGCAAUUAAUGAUUUAAAUCUUAAAGGAGAUAAUUUCGCUUAUGUUGUACUUAAACGUCGUGCGAGUGAUGUCCGCGUCAGUCAAGAGAAACUUGUCCUCAGCAUCAGUGU